AUGCCAUCAGUAUUAAUUGAUCGGAAACCUAUCCCUAUCCCAAAAGGUGUAUUCCUCGCCGAUCCAGCAAUUCACCAACCUUUCGAGGUGGACAGUAUUCUCGGGGCUAACUAUUUUUACCAAUUUUUAUGUCCCGUUCAAAUUCCAAUUGCGAAUCAUGAAGCUAUGCUUCAAGAAACUGAACUCGUUUGGGUGGUUGCAGGGUGCUUCCAUCAGACUCGUGUUAGACAAGGAAAGUCAUCGGAAGAAGAAGCCUGUAAGCUGCGUUAUAGCAAAAAUACAACUUACGAAUCCUCAAGUCGAUACACAGUUCAAUUACCUCUUAACGAACAUAAGAAAAAGAUGAGUGAAUCUCGUAGAACCGUGUUCAACCAGUUCCUUUCAUUAAAAUCAAAACUUGCAAAAUAUUCAGAUCUCAAGACACAAUAUUCCGACUGGAUUCAAGGGUAUAUAAAAGCCGGUUACAUGAGUUUAAAUACAGAAAAUAAAUCGUCCCAAACUGGAUUCUACCUCCCCCACCAUGCAGUUAGAAAAGAAAACUGUGUCACAACAAAAACACGCGUAGUUUUUGAAGGUUCGGCAAAUUCGUCAACCGAUAUCUACUUGAAUGACACUUUAAUGGUAGGACCGACUAUUGAAGCUGAUUUAUUCACGCCUUUUACGUGA